GACGACUUGGCUUUUCUGAUUCCUCUUUCUAUUUGUUUGUUUCUUUCGGUCUGGCUUUGGUAAAAGUGCGAUUCUCUUGACUUAUAUCUCGCGCUCUCUCCCGCGCUGCAAAAGUGAAUGUGGUAGUGGACUGGAGCCUUACGACUACACAGCUUGGAGAACUAAGAUUCACUGAAUAACGUCCAAAAUCACGACAUUUGACGGUCUCAACAUACGAAGAGUGAAUGAUUGGUAUCCAAUCUCAUAUUUACGGACUGAGUUUCACUAUACAAACAUUCGAUUUCAUCGCCUGGACUAUUCUUCUUAUCAUCUCGCCUCUUAGACCUGGAUAUAAUCAACCAAUAUCUACAAUCCAAGCUAUUUCUAUCAAAAGAACAGUACAUAUAUUUCGUCUUAUAUAAACUACCAAGAUGGCUUCCGUCCACUCCCGGCCGUCACCGAACUCCUCGUCUUCCCACGAAUUCGAGUCUCUUCCCGACGACGAAUCAUGGCAGUAUAUCGACUACACAGCAACGGGUACUGGCCCGUCAUCGAUCGGGUUUCUUUCUGACCCUGCCAGUGGAAGUCUAGGGAGCUUCGCAAUGAUUGGAAAUGUCCAUGGAACACCAUCUCCAUUUAUGCCAGGCAAUACACCCUCACCCUAUGCUGCCGGCAACACUCCUCCACCAUAUACCUCUGCGAACAACUCAUCGCCCUUCAUGCUUGGAAACACACCUUCGCCAACAGCUGCUUCUCCCCUGUUACUAGAAGAGAUGGAUCCAAGUGCAUUCUUUGCCGCCAAUGCCUCUUCAUUUCAGCCUCAAGCAAGCAAUACCAACACGGACAUAUUUGCUACCACAACAGAUGGUGGAUUCACUCAACCGCAAGACUUCUUGACCCCGCAGCAGUAUCUCUUCUCACAGCAAAAUCCGAACCAAUUCCAACCUCAAGGCUUGAAUGGUAUGCUGAAGCGGAGGACGGCCUCCCCUCAAGGGCAGGGUACUGAUGCUGCUGCAGACAUGACUCUCAUGCAAAAUUUCACAGCCGACAUGUUCUCGAUAGACUCGAACGAACAAGUUCAGGUACCCCAAGUCAAUUUUAACAUGCAGCAGCCUCUACAGUCGGACCCUAACGUUCCGCCAUGGAACCCUACGAAUACGAGGGGUAAUGAUGCGAUCUUCAUCAUGGAUGACUUCAACAACUCUCCGUCACCCGUGAGCAACUACUCUCCGAGCUCGAUGAACAGUUCGAAAGCAAGCCCCAGCGGAAGCAAGUCUCCAAUAUCGAUACCGAUUCGAAAGGUGAAGGUCGGAAAGGUCGAGAAGAAGAAGAAGGCAGAACAGUCUGGCAAGUUUGUCAUUGUGACUCCUAACUCCAUCUCAGCCCAUGCUGGUCGCGAAAACCCGUUCGAGUGCUUCGAGGCUAUGAACCGGACAAGUCAACGAGGACGUAAAGGACCUUUGGCAAAUGCUACCAAGGAGAAUGCGCUGCAAGUUAGAAGACAGGGUGCUUGUUUCUGCUGUCACAGUCGCAAGGUCAAAUGCGACCUUGAACGUCCUUGCAAGAGCUGCAAGAAACUAAUGGUUCAAGUUCCUCAAGUUGUCUGCUGGCAGUUCAGCGACUUCGUAACCAUUCUGUUUCCCGUAUACAUUCGUGGUCAUCUGGAAAGCAAAGAGAUGGCCAAGUUCACCAAGGAGAACAUCGCUGGGUUCCAUAUUCAGGGGGUUGAGCAGGUGUGCUCUGUCAAACUAUUCUCGGGACCGCGAUUCAGCACGGUUUUGGCCAUACAAGCCAAAUUCUUCACCCCAACCAACGCCGAGGUCGAGAAUCAUUGGCAGCUACAUAACUUGGGACAGAAUAAGGUUGAGCUGAGGGCCAACAAGGCAGCCAACCUUGGUAUCGACCUUGACAAGUCCGCGGAGAGGGAUAACCUCAGGAAACGAACCAAAAGAUACAUCCAAGACCUUCUGAACGAGCCAGAAUUUGUCGCCCAAGUCACAGAUAGCAUCACAAGCACAUAUCUGCCGGCGAAACUGCUGCGGAUCGUCAAGGAGUAUGCUGACGAGACUGAGUCCCUCAUGGUCAAGCGUGCCUUGUCGAUCUACUGUAUGCAUUACAUCAUGACAAGACAGCUCUGCCUCACUCAACAGACCACCGACUCCCUUCGAUCCGUCGGUAUGAUCGAGCAGGGCCCCAAUUAUGUCACCCCCCGAGUCCUCGCACGACAGAUCAAGUCCAUCGUAGACGAGCUGAUGCAUCGUGAGGUACAAUCACUAUUCGAGCUCUUCAACCGAUCUCUCAAGCCGAAGUCCCGACGCGAGUGGGCACCCUGCACCGCCGCCUUUCUCGUCCUCUGCCUCUUCAUGGAGGCUGUAGAGACGGCAGCUGACACGUUUGUGCUCGCGCAGAACGAAAUCAACAUGAGGCACAGCGCUAGACCGGAGUACGAAAGAAGCCUUGCGCUGAAUACCUGUGCCGAGGUCGAGAACAUGCCUUUCAAGCAAUUCGCUUACCAGUUCCACCAAGUCUAUCAGACGCACAGCAAGGAGGCCAACUCAAAAGGUUUCAACCCCGUGCUUGACAGCAGCUUUGCCGAAAAGGGCGAACUAGACGGACCGGCUGUGAAGUUCUCGGCUCAACUGCGAGAACUAUUGUUCGGCGACAGCUGGCAAGAGUUGCAGUUUCUAGCAGCCACCGACAUGAUACCCAACACGUCGACUCAUCCGUUCCCUAUGGAUCCGCAGACAUUGUACACGGGGCGCCUCGUGGCUAGGUUUCUCAUAUCGUUCCAGGACGAGAGAAGCAUUUUCGAGGACCUUGUCUGAGUGAGAGCUAUUUGUCCGAGACAUGUGCUGAUAGAAGGGCGAAAUAUGGUGAUCAACGUUUGCUUGGGAGACAUGGCGCAUGCGAGGCUUUGCUUGGUAUAACGGUUAAUGGGACACGAACACCUUGUACGGAGCAUUAGAUUUCUUGAAUGAUAUGACCGAGGGAACACGCAGGCGGCACACAAGGCUGAAAGAGCUAUAUGCGUGCAUGUACAGAGUAACAGGAGUGUCUCAAAGUGAGCUUGAGAGAGAGCAUGUUUUCGUUCAAAGCUUAUGGUAGCAUCAGUAUGCUCAGCAUGACAUGAGCCAACAUUAUUCUUGACGACGGGCAAGACAUUACG